AUGGACGCGCUUCUGUCUCGCUUAGAUUCCUUUGUCCUCGAUCCCCAUCUCGCGCCUCUUCUGUCGCUCGUCAAGGGUGCCCGCAAUGGCAUCGUAUACGGGUCGAAAGUGCGGUUCCCGCACGCUUUGGUAUUCCGAGAAAAGGUCAAGCUCGUCCUGAAAGCCACUCGCCAGCAUGCUCGGAACUUGGCAACUUUUGCUCUUAUAUAUAAAGGCUCGAUGAUUGUUCUACGCAACGUCAAUCCUACUGGUGUCGGGAAAGAAGGCCGCUAUGACAGCUUCUUUGCGGGUCUACUGGGAGGGUACGCAGUGUUCGGUCGACACAAAACAAGCAUUACCCAGCAGAUCGUCAUAUACGUCUUUGCUCGUGUAGUACUAGCUCUUGCCAAGCUCUCUGUUCAGCCGAAUAUGCACCCUCUCUCCUCUUUGAUCACUCCCGAGUCGCGCGCAAGGAUCGAGGCCAACGCUUGGCCAGUAUUUGCGAGUCUCAGCUGGGCACUCGUUAUGUACAUCUUCCGUUGGCAUCCAGAGACGCUUAUGUCGAGUUUGAGAAGCAGCAUGGUAUACAUCUACUCCGACUCGGAUCACUGGGAUUCAUUCCGCAACUUCUUGAUAUACAACAAGUAG